GUGAACAGAAACCAAAUUGAAUCGAUUCCCUUAGAAAAGAGAAAUAAAUAGCAUUACUUCGACUGAAAAAUACUCAUACAUAAGUUUAGCAUUGAUACUUCAAAUAUUAUUGAUAGUCCUUUUAAUGGAGAGAUUGCCAUCAUCCCUUCUCAAGCUCCAGCCCCCAACUUCCGGGGACCUCAUCACAAUACUUUCUAUUGAUGGAGGCGGCAUUAGAGGGAUAAUUCCAGCUACCAUUCUUGCCUUCCUUGAAUCUCAGCUUCAGGAGCUGGAUGGGGAGGAUGCGCGACUUGCAGACUAUUUUGAUGUGAUUUCAGGGACAAGUACUGGUGGUCUUGUGACUGCCAUGUUAACAACUCCAAAUGAAAAUAAUCGUCCCCUAUUUGCUGCUAAGGACAUCAAGCCCUUUUAUCUUGAGCAUUGCCCCAAAAUAUUUCCACAGAAGAGGGGUUUGUGGGGGAAAGCUAGAAAAGUAUUGAAGUCAUUAGCGGGGCCAAAGUACGAUGGCAAGUAUCUUCACCGGUUGGUAAGGGAGAGCCUCGGAGAAAAACGACUGCACGAUGCCUUAGCCCAUGUCGUUAUUCCAACUUUUGAUAUCAAAUGUUUGCAGCCAGUCAUCUUUUCAUCUUAUGAGGUGAAGAGAUCUCCUUGUUUGGAUGCUCAAUUAUCUGACAUAUGCAUCGGCACAUCAGCAGCUCCGACGUACCUUCCUGCUUGUUACUUCAAGAACGAAGAUUAUCAAGGGAAUGUCCGAGAAUAUCACCUUGUUGACGGCGGUAUUGCUGCAAACAAUCCAGCUUUGGUUGCCAUAACUCAAGUGACCAAACAAGUAUUUGACGAAAAUCCCGAUUUCUUCCCGAUCAAGCCAAUGGACUAUGGCCGGUUUCUGAUGAUCUCGAUCGGCACAGGCUCACACAAGAUAGAGCAGAAGUACAACUCCAAAAUGGCUGCAAAAUGGGGCAUCUUGGGUUGGUUACUUCAUGAGGGGUCGGUUCCUUUGGUUGAUACGUUCACUGCAGCUAGUGCAGAUAUGGUUGAUUUCCAUAUUUCCGUUGUUUUCCAAGCCCUUCAUUCUGAAGAAAAGUACCUCCGAAUUGAGGAUGAUACAUUAACUGGAAAAGAAUCUUCCGUGGAUAUUGCUACGAAGAAAAACUUGAACAAACUUGUACAGAUCGGUGAAAAUCUACUUCGUAAACCAGUUUCCAGGGUGAAUCUGGAAACCGGAUUAUCUGAACCGGUUGAGAAGGAUGUCACCAACGCAGAGGCUCUUAAGAAUACAGAGACUUCCAGAUAUGACCCUGCUGAUUACAAAAUGGAGAUUUUAGAAGAAGUUGGAAUUAGUAUCAUUAGCAGUGGAAUCGUUGAUUCCGAGGAGGACAGUGAUAAGGAUGGUUUGAUUAAUAGCAGUAGUUGUUUGGGUUCUUCUUCAUCAGAAUAUCAUUUGAAGAAAGAAGAUGAAGAGUUGGAUGGUGGAACUGGAGAUGAAAUUGAGGAAGUAGAGGAGAAGAAAGGUUGUAGUUUGAAUGGUGUUCUGGAUUCUCUUCUUUUGUUGGCUGUUUUUGUCCUAUCUGCCUCAUAUGGUUCUUCUAUGAGUUCUCCAGCUCAAUCACCAGUUUUUCAUACAUUUGAGGGUCUUAAAGAUUGGAAUUGCAAGAUUCAAACUCAUGUGCAUGACAUUCUGCAGAGUCUUGACAGGGGGUAUUGUUUAGUUGAUAAAAAUGAAGAAGCAGAAUUGCGUCUAUUGGGCUUAAAUCACAAGGUUAAAGUUGAGGGCAUUGAGGAAGAAGAGAUGACUAAUGACAAUGGUUAUGUAGGGACAGUAUGUAGCAGGGAUCAUUGGAGUGAAGCGUUGGACCUAGGGGAUAGAAAUGUAGGAUCCUUGGGGAUAGUUGAAGAUGAAACAAAAACUGUGGAAAACAAUGGUAGUUCAGGGUCAGUAGCUGGCAUGGAUGAUUUGAGUGAAGUGUUGGGCCUAGAUGAUGGAAACACAGGAUUGUUGGAGAUAACCGAAGAUGUAAAGAAAGAUUGGGAGGGUGAUGAUAUGAAACAGAAACUGUGGAAAAGACUAAACCCAUACAAGUUGAUCAGAUGCCACUCUUCUUUGAUGUGGUGGAUUAACCGUCUGAUGCAACAAAUGCUUUGGAAUUGGGGAACAAAAGGAUGGCUAGGAUGGCUAUGGUGGAGGCAGAUGAAGAAAUUUGCAAAAAUUGAACCAAGAGAAGAGGAUACUGUUGAAGGUGAAAUUCGAAUAAUAAACGACAUGACAAGCAUGAAAAGUCAGGUUACUGUGCUGAAAAAGGAGAAUCUAGAAGAGGCAAUUCUUCUGCACAAAAGAACUCAAAUAUUUCCUGACGCUGAAACUUGGCUUUUAUUAUGUUGUCCGGUUGCUGCAUUUCUAGUAUCAGUUAUUCUCAUUAAGACAAAGAAAAGUGCCAAAGGAUUCCUCUCACUAUCCCAUUAACAUGCCUUCUGUUGAAACUGUGAGAACAUAGACAUCAAGUUUGUUCUUCCUACAUGAAAGAGAGGAGCAUAGCUUCAAAAUUGGGGAAAUUUUGAGGGAAGAGUUCACAAACAAUGACACGGUAUACUUUAACUUUCUUGAAGUAUUAUCCAACAUUUUAGCCUUAGUAUCUCUAUAUGAUCACUAUAGUUUGAAACUAUAAUAUCUUCUGGUUCAAUUUCAUGAUGUUUCCAGCAAUAUUUCUAGUUAUGUUACAUAAGAGAUUAGUACACAAACAAGAACAAAUCACUGUUAAUUUUUGUACAUAGUUGUUCUUGUUGGUACCUUGUCUUAGGUUUUAUUAGAAUAUACUGAUUAGUUUUGA